GGGUGGGCGGGAGAAGAGGGCCGGCCAAAGGUGACGCUGUGGUGGCGGAGGUGCCGGGCUCCGCGGCAAUUCCGGGCGGUGGAUGGCGGCGGGAUGGAGCCCGAGGAGAGCGGCGGCGGCGGUGGGUCGGCCGGGCUCAUGCAGCAGAUCCUCAGCCUGAAGCUCGUGCCGCGGGUGGGCAAUGGGACCCUGUGCCCCAACUCCACUUCGCUCUGCUCCUUCCCAGAGAUGUGGUAUGGUGUGUUCCUGUGGGCACUUGUGUCUUCUGUCUUCUUUCAUGUCCCUGCCGGACUCCUGGCCCUCUUCACCCUCAGACAUCACAAAUAUGGUAGGUUCAUGUCUGUAGGCAUCCUGAUGAUGGGCAUCGUGGGACCAAUUUCUGCUGGAGUCUUGACAAGUGCAGCGAUUGCUGGGGUUUACCGAGCUGCAGGGAAGGAGAUGAUCCCCUUCGAAGCCCUCACACUGGGCACUGGACAGACGUUCUGUGUAGUGGUGGUCUCUUUUUUACGGAUUCUAGCUACUCUAUAGCAGUAGUCCUUUCACUGUGAUGUCACACCUGUGUUUUAUACUCCUCAAAAGGAAGAGACGGUGUCAUGGUUUCUUCAUUCCUCAAAUGGAAGCAACUUGGGGGCACAAGAAUGGGAAGACCAUCACAGCUCUUUCUUCAUUUGAAGGCUCCAGCAAUUGAAGACCCUUGUAGACAGCUCUCGUUCUCAGCCAACCCGAGCUCCCUGGCUUUUUUUCUUGUGGCCACUUAAGUUUUACAUGCACAUCUUCAUCCAAGCCAACAAUGCCUCAAGUCUGCAUCUUUCCAACAAGAAUGUGCAUCAUUAUUUGCAAAAAUGCAACAUUGCUGUUCCACAGAAACAGUGGACAAUGCUGUUUAAUUUGAAGGGAACAGGCUGUGCUGUACUAAAACCUUAUCGUCAUGAGAGUAAAGCUGAGUUUGCUGGUGGACUCUAACAGGAAGAAGAACUGAAGUAUAAUUCAAAAUAACAGCUCCGGUUCCACUGUCAAAAGUAGGUGACUGCUGUGAAUGUGACAUUUUAUGGAUAACUAUCCUGACCUCUGAUUAUUUAAUAUAUAUUAAGAGAUGAUGUGAAUUUAUCAUUUGAUCAAAAUAAGCUAGCUAAUUGAGAUGUCUUUUCUGUUCUUUUUUUUUUUUUUUCUUUUUUAAGACAUGAGAUCUUGCUUUGUUACCCAGGCUGACCCAAACUCCUGGGCUCAAGUGAUCCUCCUGCCUCAGCCUCCUGAGUAGCUGGGACUCUAGGCAUCACCAUCAUGCCUAAUUGAGACUCUUUUUCCAAAGAAUAUCCAUGAUACCUUUACCUAUCUAUCACCUUUAAUGCUAUCUAUUUGAUUUACUUUCUCUGGAAACACACAGACUUUUUGUUUGUUUGUUUGUUUGUUUGUUUUGUUUUUUUGAGACAGGGUUUCUCUGUAUUGUUUUGGAGACUGUCCUGGAACUGGCUCUGUAGACCAGGCUGGCCUCGAACUCACAGAGAUCCACCUGCCUCUGCCUCCCGAGUGCUGGGAUUAAAGGCGUGCGCCACCAACACCCAGCUUACACAGACUUUCUUAAGUAACUUGAGUUGAACUUCAAAACCGGAUAGGAUAUUCUUUGGACAUUCAGGCACAAAUAAGACACUUGCAGGAUUGUUACAAUUUUUCUUGCUGAUUUUAGUUUAUUUGAUGACUCCAGAACUUGUAGGGAGCUUCUGAAAUAAGUUAGUGGUUAUUGGUUUCCUUCUGUGUUUACCUAUCAGUGGCUAUUCAGCCCACUUUGCAGUAUUUGAGUAUCAACUCCAAGAAAGUGCCUACAGUUUUCUUUUCAUAUACAACCCCUCUGGUCUUUUUAUUUUUAUUCAAGAGAAUUUAUAUCCUGAAAAAGACAUAGUUUUUAACUUAAUUUUAGCUAUUUUAAUUUUUAACUUGACUGCCUAACUUUGGUUUUCACUAGAAAGGCUGCAAACUGUGACCUUCAGAAGGGAAGGGUGUAGAAAGGGUUGUGCCUUCUGUCAUUCUAACGGUUUUUUAUAAAGUACAAUGUUCUUGUUGUUACCUGUUUUCAUAGCUUCUGGCAAUUAACGCUGACAUUUCUAAAGGACAAUUUUCAUUAUGAGAUUAAGGCUGACAACCUGUGAGUACAUACAUUUAUCUUCAAGCAAUAUGCUUUCGGUUUCUGGUUAAAAAUAGCCAGGAGGAGCCAGCAAGAUGGUUCAGCAGGUAAAGGUACUGCCCUCUGACCUGAGUUCGAUUCUUGGGACCCACAUGUUGGAAGGAGAGAACCGGCUCCUGCAAGUUAUCCUCUGACAGCCACGUUUGUUCAUAUGUACAAAUAAGUAAAUAAAUAAUGUAACUUUAAAAUCCCUUUAAGUUGACAAGUGGUUACCCAUACUUAAUGUGCACAUGCUCCCUUCCCCCUACACUUAAUUUUUUUUUUUUGUUUUUGUUUUGGUCUUUGCGAGACAGGGUUUCUCUGUAUUGUUUUGGAGGCCGUCGGUCCAGCCUGGCCUCGAACUCACAGAGAUCCGCCUGCCUCUGCCUCCCGAGUGCUGGGAUUAAAGGCGUGUGCCACCACCGCCCGGCCCCCACACUUAAUUUUUAAAUUGAGAUAAAAUAGCCAAGAGGGUCACUUUGCCCAGGAAAGGCAGGGGGCGGGGAAUUACAGGGGUGGCCACAGAAAUAAUUGGCUCUUUCUUUUUGCCUACCACCUGUUAAAACUGUAGUGACAAUUAAAAUUGGUAGGCAAUUAAAGUGCAGAUAAAUGGCCCUUAAUAUUCCUCAGAAAAAAAAGAGCAAAUCUUUCUUCCAACAAAGGAUUUUGAUUUUUUGUUGUUGCUUUUUUUUUUUGUUGUUGUUGUUGUUUUGUUUUUGUUUUCCCAGGACAGGGUUUCUGUGUAGCCUUGGAGCCUGUCCUGGGACUCACUUUGUAGACCAGGCUGGCCUCGAACUCACAGAGAUCUGUCUGGGAUUAAAGGUGUGUACCACUACCGUCAGGCAAGAUUUACAUUUUCAGUCUCAGGGACUGUGAAUGUGGAAAACAUCGUUUCAGAUGGAGAAACUGGAAUGUUGUACCCUGCAUUCUGGGAGAUGGCAGCAUCGUCUAUGGAAGGAUCUACUGAAGGACGCCUUAGAGUGCUUACUAAACAUUUGAUGGUGGACUUUUCCCCCUAAUUAAUAACUUCUGGACAUAUUCAUCCACAACUAAAAUGUUAGAUUAUUUGUAUUUAUAACCAAGAAACAAAAGUUAGGGUGUUUUUGUUUCCAUCUGUUUCUUAUGUUUAUAUGUUCUUUAAAAACAAAAACAAAAGCUUGAACUGUAAAAAGUAUCUUCAAAUUACUGAGUGUUUCAUCUAUCCCAAUGCAUAUGAAGCAUUCUUUUGUGAAUAAAUGUUUAUAUACUCCACAGACUGAGUGCUUUCAGGAAGAAACCAGUUGAGUGUUAAACAAAGAAUACUUUCCACUUUGAUCCCUGUUUGUCUUCUUACCCUUGUCUCUUGUCUAAAAUGCAGAUUUAUUUGCCAUGAUUUGUGUUCAACACAUCACCUUACACAAUUUCUUCAGUAGUUUUCUCCCUGUAAGGACUUUCUUGGACGCUGAUUCCUGCAUUUAUAUUUCUACUUCUCGCCCCCUCACUUUAAAUUCUGAGAUAGGGAGGCAACCCCCAACCAAAAAGCUGACCUCUUGAUUCCUUAGUGAAUUUUGGGGUACAGAUUAAGUUCAUGUACAAAGGUGCAGUGAUGAGUAUGUGAGCAAGCUGUGUCUCUGGGCUGCUAGCUUCCUUUGGAGCAAGAUACUCCUUAGGACUCACUUCUGGGCGUAGUGACAAGUGGCUCGGCAAAUGCUGGCAUCCUUCCUGUGGCCAUUAGGUUAUUAGAUUGUGUGUUAGCUUUUGAUUCCAAUGUCCUUCUGACUGCCCUAGUAAGUCCUUGUGACACUGUGGGACACGCCAAACUUCCCUAAGGAACUGUUUCCUGGAAUGUGAAGCCCUGGUGCCAUUAGUGGUCCGUGUGCAGGAGGUUUUGUGAAGUUGUAUUCCUUUCUUGUAUACUAUGUAAGGCUGGUUAUGACCAAAAUCAGCUCAACUUUUUAUAUUAGGUUAUUGCACUUAACUGCUAUAGUCCAAGUGAUCAAAUCUUUGUACAUUAGAAACAUAUUUAAAAUUUAUUUUUCUACUGACAUUUCUAAUGCUAGUAUAAAUGUUUGUCAAUAAAGAAUUACUUUAAA